CAAGGUCGACCAGCUCGUGUGCAGAGCGUCGCAAGCGCAUAAACAAAAAACAGGCAGGUGCCACAGAUUGUGGAAGUUUGAUUUAUUAGACAAGUGAGACGGAAAAAUGUCACCACUCCCGGCGGUUAAUCAACCAUUUGGCGACGAAUUAGUCCUAAGAUCAAUAGAUUGGCUGGAAAAUUUGCCUUGGAGGCAGGAAAAUAACGUUCGGAAUCAAAAAGAUAAGUAUGAAGUUACUCUCUUAGUGAAGGACUUUGCACCUGAAGAUAUAUCAGUAAGGACAGCUGAUGGCCACGUUGUGAUCGAAUGUAAACAUGAAGAGAGGAAGGAUGAACAUGGUUAUAUUUCUAGAAGGUUCACAAGGAAGUAUGCUUUACCUGAUGAUUGUAGACCGGAGGACGUGGUGUCUACGUUAUCGUCCGAUGGCCUGCUGACCGUCACUGCCCCAAGACAGCUGAGAAUGAGACAAGACACCGUGAUUCCUGUUACACACGAUAACAAAGCGAAGAGCAAGCUAUGAGAAAUGAUUUGGUGAUCAUUUAAUGUUUAAUGGCAAAUAAGAACUUAAUGUAAAUCAUUUUAGGUAUCACAGGGAACAAAUUGAUGAUUUGGAGCACAAAGUUUACCUGUUUAUUGUUUGUCUCCUUCGGAAAAACUUGUUUGGUGAUGGGCUAUUAGAUCAAAAUUUUCAUUCAUUUAUGUGUUUAUUAUAUUAAUUAAAAUCGCAUUUAUAUAAAACUUUUGUAUAUAUACCUAUAUCGUGAGAAUUUACUGUGGGGUAAGAGAAUCAAGAGAAAUAUCUACCUACCUACUACUAAUAAACGUACAUUAAUAUAUUUGUUUAAAUAAACUUACAUAAAUGUAAAUACAAUAAAUAUGUGCGUGUACUUGUGUUUGUGUGUGUGUGUAAUAGGUACUUAUUGUAAAAAUAUUGGCUGUGUUUUUAUUUUUAUUUUACCAAAUUAUUUGUUAUUGUUAAUUUGUUAUUAAGUAAAAAGUUUGAAUUAA